AUGGAAUAUGAAAGUACUACGCUGGCGCGGUAUUGGAUAGCCUUAUGGGUUGGUGCAUUUCUGGUUGGUGUGAUCAUUUUGUCACAGUGGACGCAGAAAAAGUUGUUACAGAGGACACAGGCCGCUUUGGCCGCGGAGCUGGGCUAUGAAGAGGAGGUCUUUAGCACGGACGUGGGCACAAGCUUGGAGGAAACUACCGCCACGUCCGGGGAGACUGUUAAUGAUCUCCGGCGCCGAAUUUGCGGUUUGGCAGAUCUUGACACUGAUGAGCACGCGGCCACAGAACGCUACCGAGCAGCCGUGGGGGCCAACCGAGAGCCGGAACGGGGCCUCCUUCCGACCACUAUAGACGCUAGUACCGGGCAGUCGUUCGCCGCAACCCGAAAAAACGCACCGCGGAAGGCUAACUUUCGCCCACUUGAUCUAGACAAAGAAAGGAAAUUCGCGGAUCAAAUAAGCUCCUACUUUCAAGAGCUCAAGACCCUCUGGCCCAAGGACCAAUUUGAGCCCGAUCCCGAACUCAUCGAACAUGUUAAAGGCAUUAUCAACAAAAUAAACGAAGACUUCAACGUACUCACUCAACGCUUCAAAGACGACCGAGUCAGCGCCUCUCACUGCAUGUCUAUGUGCUGUACAGCUAUUCUUAAAUUCGACGUAAGACCGAGCCCAUUUAAGCGGAUCCACUCAUCUCGUCAUUCACGUAGGGUCUUUAUGUGCUGGACUCAAUUCGUCAAGCGGACGAGUCGUUAUCGACAAACUGCCGAAAUAUCAUUGAAACAGCUGUGCCCUUUAUUUGGGCCACGUAGUUCUUUUGUAUGCAACGUAGCGUAUAGGAAGUAG